CUGCUAGUGCCUAGGUGAGAAUAAACUGUUUUCCUAUUUUUAUUUAAUUUUCAAAUAGUUAUUUUAGGAGGUUCUAUCUGUCAGUGUUAGCUCCAUUGAGCAUAUUUCAAUAAAGCAAUUCAUCUAUGACUUCCCAUGCUAGCAUCUGCCAACAGAACAAUUCAUGUAUGACUACCCAUGUUAGCAUCUGUCAACAGAACAAUUCAUCUAUGACUACCCAUGUUAGCAUCUGUCAACAGAAUAAUUCAUGUAUGACUACCCAUGUUAGCAUCUGUCAACAGAACAAUUCAUCUAUGACUACCCAUGUUAGCAUCUGUCAACAGAACAAUUCAUCUAUGACUUCCCAUGUUAGCAUCUGUCAACAGAACAAUUCAUCUAUGACUACCCAUGUUAGCAUCUGUCAACAGAACAAUUCAUCUAUGACUACCCAUGUUAGCAUCUGUCAACAGAACAAUUCAUCUAUGACUACCCAUGUUAGCAUCUGUCAACAGAAUAAUUCAUCUAUGACUACCCAUGUUAGCAUCUGUCAACAGAACAAUUCAUCUAUGACUUCCCAUGUUAGCAUCUGUCAACAGAAUAAUUCAUCUAUGACUACCCAUGUUAGCAUCUGUCAACAGAACAAUUCAUCUAUGACUACCCAUGUUAGCAUCUGUCAACAGAACAAUUCAUCUAUGACUACCCAUGUUAGCAUCUGUCAACAGAACAAUUCAUCUAUGACUACCCAUAUAAGCGUUGUGAUUCAAGUUCAUACAUUUUUAUUAAUUUUUACAUAUCAAACAUACUUUGCUUAAAAAUACUUAAUAUCUUUGGUACUUUUCUGGUACAUUCGGUACAUUUUAUAACCAUUUGAAUUGGACUUUACUCCAUAAAUGUUGUCCAGAUAGGUUCAAAUCAAUUCUAACAGACUUACAGUAUAUUUCUCCCUGAUAUCCUCUAAAACAUCAAGUUUUUCCUGAAGUUCAUCAUUGUGGGUAGAUAAGUUGACUAGUUCACGGGCCAUUGACUCCCUGGUCCUCUCCAGACUCCCAAUUUCACUCUAGUGGAGAAAUUAGAGACAACAACAUAUAGUGCAUAUAUAGGUUCAGUUCAGAUACA